AUGGCUUUGGGGUUCGGUUGGGUUGAAUCGAGUGAUGAGUACAAGUUGUUUGUUCGUGUUGGUGAUUUUGAUUAUUACCUGCACGAGAUGAAAUGGGUUUACAAAGUUUAUAGUUCAAGGACAAAAUCAUGGAAAACAAGUGAGCACUGUGCAGAUUUAGAUUCACAUUAUGUAUGGGGGAUAUUUGCAGGUGGGAAGCUUUACUGGAAGAAUCACGGAGAUAAAGAGAUAGAUAUUAUUUUCUUGGACUUGAAGAGUGAGGUGUUUGGAAGGAUUGAGCUUCCCUUUGAUCACGAGUUUUGCAAGAAAGAGCACUGGGCUGUGGGUUUGCUUGGUGGCUUACUUUGUGUGCUAUGUUAUAUUGGCUCGUCUACAGAAGUCUUUGGAGUUUGGGUUAUGAAGGAAGCUUGGAAGAGGGUGGCGACGUUUGCUAAUCUUGUUGAGCUUCUUCAGCCAGCACCAUUGGUGGUGGGUCUAAAUGGAGAGAUUUUGGUAAAUUGUGAAUCCAUCUUGUUGGUUUACGAUCGUCAGGAUAAUGUGUUCCGCUGCCAUGAGACAUACUAUUACAGUCCACAUGUCUUUGUUGAAAGCUUAGUCUCGCCAGAAGAUGUGUGA